GUCCAGCUUCCCAGGUGUGACUUCGGGACACGGCAGGUGGGAAUCAAGAGUAGCAUGUCCAAGGAGAAUACUGUCUGAGUGGAGCACUCUUCUGGGAGACGGAACAUCAUCAUCUGGAAGAGGUCAAGCAGUUUGAGGUGGAUUCUUUUGUGAUUGGUUUUUGGCUGGUGAGGGCCAAGUGAAGGGAACUAUAUAAACAGCCUAAUAACUCUCUGGUUUGACCCAAGAAAACGAGUGCACUGGUGAGGAGAAUGGAAUCUAAAGGAAGCACCCGGAGUGGAAAUAAGCCUGAUGCCAAGAUUGCCAGCUCAGGAAAACCUGAGAAACCUAGCCCUGGGCCCACCACCACGACAGAUAAGAAAGAAACCCCUCCUAAGGAGCAGCCAGCCCCUGCUGCCACCACUCCAGCAAAAAAGGCGCCGGUGGCAGCAGCCAAUGAGGCCGCAGCGGUGAACAACCACAGCAGCGUGAAACCCAGCUCUGCUGCAGCAGCGACAGAGGGUCCUGAAGAUGCGAGUCACCCUGCUAACUCGGAGCACAAAGAGAACCACGCGGAGGAAUCCCCAGGCAGCAGCCUCUUUGAGAACAUGAAGCCACUGAUCAUCGUCGGAGGAGCAGCAGUGGCCGUCAUAGCUGUCAUCGUGGGAGUAGCUGUCCUAGCCCGAAAGAAAUAAGCCCUACGAAGCACAGGGGAGACACUCUGGGCCAUGUACAGUUCCUUUUGAAAUAAAAUGCAUGCCGUAAACUCUAUACAUAUCUAUAAAUAUACAGUAUAUAUAUAGAGAGAGAACUAGCUAGGCGAAAGUGCAACACUGGCAAUUGUCUCGUUCGAGAGCCAUGCGCCAUUGUUGACAUAGUGUGAGCACUCAGUGCACUUGUGCCCUUUUGUGUAAUAUAAUUCCGCUUGCACUACUGUGUAUAGAGGGCUUCUUCCGGUCAGUAUAACAGCUGCUGUUUUCUUUCCCACAGCCCCUCUUCUCACCUUUCCUCCAAAUGUCUAAAUUUAGGUCCAGUGACACAUUCAGAGUCUUUUGCUUUGUGAUGUUGGGUUGUGGUAGAGCAGAUGAAAGGACAUUUCCCACCAA